CAGCGUGGAGCUCGAUCCCAGCAGCGGAACCACAGCUUCAUCCAGAACCAGUGGUUUAUACUGGUCUGUGUCCAGUAUGGAUAACACGACGGACGGGACGUGGGACAGUUUACCUGUUCAACUCCACGAGAGCAUUUUACAGACGCUCGAGGAGCUGAAAUUCACUCACAUGACACCUGUACAGUCCGCUUGUAUCCCGCUGUUCAUGAGCAACAAAGACGUGGCUGCAGAGGCGGUGACUGGGAGCGGGAAGACGCUCGCCUUCGUCAUUCCUGUCAUAGAACUGCUCCUGAAGAGAGAGGAGAAGCUGAAGAAGAUGCAGGUCGGCGCCCUGGUGAUCACUCCCACCAGAGAACUGGCCCUGCAGAUCAGUGAAGUGAUGGGACAGUUUCUCCACAAGUUUCCACAGUUUAGGCAGAUUUUACUGAUUGGUGGCACUAACCCGAUAGAGGAUGUGGAGAAGUUCAAGGAUCAAGGGGCAAACAUCGUGAUAGCGACUCCCGGCCGCCUGGAGGACAUGUUCAGGAGGAAGUCAGACGGUCUGGACUUGGCCAGUUCAGUCAAGAGCCUGGAUGUGCUGGUUCUGGACGAGGCCGACAGACUGCUGGACAUGGGCUUCGAGGCCAGUCUGAACACCAUCCUGAGCUACCUGCCCAAACAGAGGCGCACCGGCUUGUUCUCAGCCACUCAGACACAGGAGCUGGAGAAGCUGGUGAGGGCCGGCCUCAGGAACCCAGUCCGCAUCACCGUCAAGGAGAAAGGCGUGGCCGCCACCGCCGCCGCCCAGAAAACCCCCGCCAGACUCUCCAACUACUACACUAUCUGCAGAUCUGAGCACAAGUUCAACAACCUGGUGGCGUUUCUAAGGCAACACAAGCACGAGAAGAAUCUGGUCUUCUUCAGCACGUGUGCGUGUGUGGAAUACUACGGUCGAGCUCUGGAGACGCUGGUGAAGAAGGUCAGCGUCUGCUGCAUCCACGGCAAGAUGAAAAACAAACGCAACAAGAUCUUCGCCGACUUUCGGAGCCUGAAGAGUGGGAUCCUGGUGUGUACGGACGUCAUGGCCAGAGGCAUCGAUAUCCCCGAUGUUAACUGGGUGCUGCAGUACGACCCGCCCAGCAGCGCCAGUGCGUUUGUACAUCGCUGCGGGCGAACAGCACGCAUCGGUAAUCAGGGCAACGCCCUCGUCUUCCUGCUGCCGAUGGAGGAGACCUACGUCAACUUCUUGUCCAUCAACCAGAAAUGCCCGCUCCAGAAGAUGCCCCCCGUGUCUGAUGUUGUGGACGUGCUGCCCAAAGUGAAGGCCAUGUCUCUGGCAGACCGAGCCAUGUUUGACCGAGGCAUGAGGGCCUUCGUCUCAUACGUCCAGGCCUACGCCAAACACGAAUGCAGCCUCAUCUUCAGGAUCAAAGAUCUGGACUUUGCCUCCUUGGCCCGCGGCUUCGCCCUCCUCCGCCUGCCGAAGAUGCCCGAACUGAGAGGAAAAACGUUCCCCGACUUCGCCGAGACGACAGUGGACACAGAGACCAUCCGCUACAAGGACAAGAACAGGCAGAAACAGAGACAGAAGAUGCUGAAAGAGAGAGAAACGAAUCCCCUCCCCAGAAGGACUUUCACCAAGAACAAGUCCUGGUCCAAACAGAAGGCCAAGAAGGAUCGCAGGAAAAAGGUUUCAGCCAAGAGGAAGCACGAUGAGGACUCUGACGUGGACAAUGAAGACAUGAAGGAGCUUUUAAACGACACUCGUCUCCUCAAGAAACUAAAGAAAGGCCAAAUCAGCGAGGAGGCCUUUGAGAAACAACUAACAACUGGACCGAAGUCAAAACACAAAACGGAGGAACUCGACGACGCCUCAGAGCAACAGGAUGUUUCAUAAAACUGCCGGAGUCAAAUUCUUCCAUGUAAAAAAA